GCAAGAUGGUGGAGGGGCUGCAGUCCAUGUUGCAGCUUCCUCCCUCAAGUGCUACUGGAGGGGAAGGACUUACGGAGGUCUCCCCAGAAACAACCACCCUGGAGCCCCCGUCUUCCGCUGCAGUUUCUCCGGGAACAGAGGAACCUGCUGGUGACACCAAGAAAAAAAUUGACAUUUUGCUAAAGGCUGUGGGGGAUACUCCUAUUAUGAAAACAAAGAAGUGGGCAGUAGAGUGAACAUGAACCAUCCAAGGACUCAUUGACUUCAUCAAAAAGUUUCUUAAACUUGUGGCCUCAGAACAGUUGUUUAUUUAUGUGAAUCAGUCCUUUGCUCCUUCCCCAGACCAAGAAGUUGGAACUCUCUAUGAGUGUUUUGGCAGUGAUGGUAAACUGGUUUUACAUUACUGCAAGUCUCAGGCAUGGGGAUGAACCACAGAGAAAAUCAACUUGCUACAUUAAAUGGAUUUUCACAGAAGAGACAGCUCUGAAAAGUUUUGAUGCUUGUGGCAAGAGACUUAACAGAUGUGAUCUAUUCAGUACGUGUCUACUCUAUGUUUAUGCAUAAGAAAACAUCCAUAGCAUGAAUGGACUCAAAAAAAUGUGAUUUGUAUUAAUACGCCAGUCAUCAUAAAAGAUGGUCAUUCUAGUACACCCAUUGCUCCUGCUUGUUACUAUUAUUACUGCAGAUCUGCUUCCAAGGUUGAAAAGGAGGCUAAGACUGUAUAAGCGUCUUCAU